AUGUCAUUCUCCAUUGCACCUGGCAAGACUUCCAAGUCGAAACCACUUCCUCCUGCGCUGUAUCCUAUUCGUGGCUUCCUGCAUUUGGCCAACCAUCCACGAGCUAUCGGCGGUCCCAUUUUGACUUCGGCCAUCAAAGCAAGCGUGUUGAGUAUUCUCGUCAUCGCCCCACUCGUAAAGUAUGGCUUUGCUCCUCACUCGCGUCUCUUAUCGAAGCUGUUCCAGGAACUGAAACCUGAAGGCAAACUCAACUGGCUUGUGGGAACUGGGUCUGCAGCUACUGCCAGUAUCUUUAUGCUCGUAGAAGCAUUUGCUGUCAUGGGUGCUGCCAACGAGCACUUUGUUGGAUCAGUCAAGGAUCGAUUCUUUGACGCUAUUCUUCAAGAACGUGAUGGAUUGCCACCCAAGAAGGACAAGAAGAAGAAUGAUGGUGGUGAUGAGAAGGAGUCUAUCAAUAUUCCAAGUGCUCAAGAGGUCGUGAAUUCUUUGAAUGUCGCUGUUGAUGAAGCCAAAAAGAGCGUGAAUGAUGCCAUGGAUGAUGCCAAGAAGAAUAUGCCUCAAACGCUUGAAGAAGUCCAGGUCAAGGCCCAUCACUUUUUAUCCCCUGUCAACAUCAUGGCACUCAACGCCCAAAACGACAAUUCAUGGGGCAUGUUCUUCCUCAGACCCACUUUGUUCAUCGUCACGCUUCCACUCAAUCUUAUCCCUUUUGUCGGUCCAUUCACCUUUGUCAACAUCCAAGCAUUGCAAAAGGGUGGUGCUACCCACAAGCGAUACUUUGAUCUUUACAAUUGGUCUCCCAAACGUCGACAAAAGCGCAUCGAGCAAGGUUUUUGGCAAUAUCAGCAAUUUGGAUUGGUGGCUACAGCAUUGGAAAUGAUCCCAUUUGCAGGCUUUGUGUUUUCUUACACCAACCACAUCGGUGCUGCUAUGUGGCUCAUGGAUCUCAAGGAAAGUAACACUUUGGAGAGUGGCAAGUUUUUCAAGAUCUUCUAG